UUGAAUAGACCCCGAGCGCGUUGUAACUUCCGCAAAUUUAUAUCAACAAAAUACGUGUUUAAUUAUUAUGCAAUAAUUUGAUCUAUUCUUUUAUGCAAAUUUACGUACUGAGCAUAUUUCACCUACUGAUGAACAGACAUUUGUUUAGAUUUGUCCCUGUAAGUUAGAAAUGAAACUUCCAUCAUGAGUGGCUAAGGCUGUUUGACAUCCACCAAACAAGAACCAGCAGAUGGUGACAAGAUGGCUGAGUCACAAGUCCAAGAUUCUGGCGUCACCAGUUCCAAAGGUGGUAAAAACGACAAUGUAGUUCUUGUCGUAAGAAACGGUGACGUCUCCAAAGUGUUUAACCUCUCCUCACAGAACUACAGCCAGCUAACCAGCCUGUCCACAUCAACCACCACAUCGUCACCUGUCUUGUCCGUUGAUGGGAAGCAACUCUCAACCAAGCAGCAAAUUAAAACAGUGAAGCUGAUUUCACCAAAUGCACCGUACUCCUUACUUAGACCACAGUUCAUAAAACCAACACCUAACAAAAGCACCUUAGCGACCGUCAGUCUGAACUCUUCUAAAGAUUCUACUGAUAAAUUGAAAACAUUGGCGUUGAUUGCUCCUAAGACAACAUCUACUGAUUCAGCCAUAAAAGCCACACUAACAUCCUCAGCGGGUGCCAAGCCAAUACAGUGUUUCAUACUUCCUGGGAACUCUUCAGAUUCACCUCAAGCUGUUAUUCCCAAUGUUGCCAGAGACUCACAAAAAAAAGGAGCAAGGAAUUUAUUGAACCGGCAAAUUAAAGUAAUCAAAGCCAGAAAAGAUAAAGCUAAGCCAAGCUCCACUCAAGAAGGUAGUGAAGAUAAUCCAAUUGUUCUUGUAGAGAAUGAACCAGAAGCUUUAGAUAAUGGCUCUGAUAAAAACAAAAUAGAUUUGCCUCAGGACAGUCCAUGUUCUACAACUGAGCCAGCUGUCUCCACCAAGGUUGUUGAGGAGGGGGUGGAAGCCUGCAAACAAACCACGCUUAAAAAUAAUCAAACUUUAACCAAAAUCAAGUCUAUGCUGGAUUUAAAAGCCUCACACCCUGACCAGGACCCGGUCAGCUCUCCUGUUGAUUCUAAUGAUAAACAAAACACCAGUAGGAGGUGUAGCACCUCCAAAGCUUCAGCUUACCCUAGGCUUCUAGCAGCCAUGACUAAAGAACCUGUCAGCAUUCUACCCAAAGAUCAGCUGAUCCCUACGCCAAAACCUGAAGCUGGUCCGGCCAAAUUUGUGACCAUCACAACCACAGCUUCAUCUGUGUUGAAUUCAAUAUCCACAGCCAUCACAGAUGUGAAUACCAAAGCUGCGCUUUUGACCUCCACCAACACGCAUCAGGUCAACCAAUCCCCUAUCAUGAUGGUUAAUGUACAGAAGGACAGGAAAAAGUCUAGAAAACCAGCCAACCCAGCGACCAAUGUGCCGAAAAAAUUAUUUUUUAUUCCGCCGGAUAAAUUAAUUCUUCCUCAGGGAUAUAACAAAAGCAAUGGCAAGUUUUACUUCACACUUCCCUCUGGGAAUGUAAGCACCACAGGUCAGUUAGCCUCAUCACUCCUACCCUCAGUUGCUCCUAACGUGCCCAAAGGAUCCCCUGUUGUUGUCAAGGCUUGCCUGUACUCAGACAGCUUGAAUAAACAAAGGGAGGCUACUCUAGUCACUCCAGCUGUGAAUCCGCCAUUCAGUCCUCAAAACUUAACACCUGUCAGCAAAAACACAGGUGCAACCCCCGUCCUAACAUCCGGCUCCCUGGCUGUUCCAGAGAGCUCAGCAGGAACUGUAAAUAAAGAUGCGCAGGUGAACAAAAAUCUUCUAACCCCAUAUGUGUCUUCAGUGGCUAAAACACAAGCUACCACUACUUCAACAAGCAGAUUAUCAGAUGUAAAAAUAGUGAGCUCAGAUUCGUGCAAGUCUGUGGAACCUUUAGUUCCUACUGUAGUACAUACGGGUAGGACUCCUACACCAUCAUCAGGACUUGGCUUACCUGUGCUGCUAGAAAAAAGCAAGAAUCCCCCAAAGCUUGUCAAUUCUCCACAACAAAAUACUACUCUGCAGCCAGAAAAAAAUGACAAAUCCCAAAAUCUGAACAACCCUGCAACUCCGGCUCCUAAAAUCCAGCAACAGAAGACGUUUCUCCAACCUAACCAGACCUUCUUCCUGCCCACACCCCAGGCCGGACUUCAUUCAUCUCCUCGCCUACCCGGGAAGCAGUUUGUGAUGUUGAUUCCACCUGCCAAUAGAACCAAUACUCCUAGACCUGCUGCCACUCAACCUGUAACACUGCAGCUGUCUACCUCCAUGCCAGUCAGGUUCAUCAAGAACGUCUCAGUGCCAACCGCGGGUAUUUUUCAAUUUCAAGCCCUUUCCGCAAUGGGAAAUAAUGUUACUCGCUAUGUUAUCCGGCCGCCCGCCGCAAAAACUUCAUCAAUCAAUUCAAACAAUAAUGCUAUCAGUCCUCAAAUUCUUACCACCAACCUUUCAACACCAGAACUGAACCAAAGUGUAGAUUCAUUAAAUAGUCAAAUUGUGAGUACGUCAAAUGAAUCAGUCUCAGUAAAUUCAUCAGAGACUCUGUUGGAACAAAACCCAACUAGAAGAUCAGCCAAGAGGAAAAGAAACAGUAAGACUGGUCCCAAGGCAAAACACCCGGGGAGAAAACCAAGUGUGUACACUACCUCAUUGUUGACAGGCCAGGGUCCCAUACCUGUGCAGGUCAUUAACCCGGGCUCGGAUGAUGACUCCGACUCAUCCGAUGAGGCACUGCCGCCCUACCAAAGUCAGCCAUCACCGCCAUAUGACGUUCACAACUCUGACAGUGAAACUGAGGUAUACGAAGACCCUGGUUUGGCUAAGGGAGUCGGAUUGUUCACCCCCACCUUGCUGAAUGUACCCAACUCAGUGGAUGAGUCGAGGAAAACGUUAACACUUGCUAACACUUCACUGAACCAGGUGUUAACACUUCCUAGCACUUCACUGAACCAGGUGUUAACACUUCCUAGUACUUCACUGAACCAAGUGUUAACACUUCCUAGCACUUCACUGAACCAGGUGUUAACACUUGUGAAUCCACUAAUGAGCUUGCCCCACGUCAACAAACCACCACAGAAAUUUAUCCUCACACAAUCAACUGCAAGUCCUAAAAUCACAUCUGUGUUAAGACAAGCGUUAAAUCCUGACAUAGUAGCCAGUCAAGCACAAAAUCCUGUACCAGGUGGUAAAGAGAACGCUGACGUUAACACAAGUUUAAAAGACAAACCCAAUGAAGAUUGCCAGUUAAAAAUUGCCUCCGUUUUCUCACUAAAUACUGAAAAACCAAUUGACCAAUCAGUGGAUGACGCAGAAUGUGUCAGCGACUAUGAAAGUGAUGAAACUCAUGUGUUCAAUCUCCGCCAUUACUCAUACUGGAAGGAUGCUGUAGUUCCUUGCUUUGUGGUGCUGGAGAGGUUAGCCAGCACCGACACCGAGACUGGAGCCCAAUCCCAGUGCAGCAGUCACUGCCGGAAUAGAACCCUCGACUACCUCUGUAAUCUUAACCUAUUAAACUGCAUCAACCAUCCGGAUGUUUCACAGUUCUUAAAACCGGCUAAAAUUAAACAUUUUAAACGGAAGAUUACCCAGGCUGUAUCUGUUAAAAGUGUCAAGGAAGCUGAAUCAAAUAUACCUAACACUGAAAAGUCACUAAACGCUGAAGUUCUUAUUACUCAGCCUCCAAUACAAAAUGUCUUGUGUACGGAAGAUCUGAGACAAGAGUUUAAUGGAGAUAAAUGCUCAACUCAAACCCCAGAGGAUUUAAUUAUUCAAGAGAAUAAUGAGAAAAUAUCUCUUCACCAAGAAACAAUAGAAACAAGCCCCAGCAGUAAAGAAUCAACAACAAAACUCUCAACUAGCCCUAAACAAGCAUUCAAACCUUCUUGCACAGAAAGCUCCAAACCUCCUGAUGCCUCAGGUCAAGAGAAGCCUUUUUACCUGCUGGUUAAUGUUAAAUCUCUGUUACCUAAAGUGGGGACAUCUGGGAAAAAGUUGACCACUCCAAAAGUUCAGGCUCAAACCUCUUCUGUAGUAGCCUCUACAAAACCUGAAACCUCCCAGACUAAAUCAGUUCCUAAAGACUCUCCUGAAGAAGUUAUACAGAUAUUUGACUCGCCUGUAAAAAGUGUUUCUCCCUGUGAUACUCCUAAACAACUUGAUCAUGAUCACAGGUCCAUCCUACCAAAUCUUGAAACGCCUAAACAAACUUCAGACCUGAACACACUUCAUGUACCUGCUCAUAACUCCAGUCAUGAUCAGGUGAUGAAGACAACUGAAAUCUCUUUAGAAGCUUCUAUAACAACACCUGCUCCUAUUGUUGAAGACACAGCAAUAUCCAACUCAUCAUUAAAGCAUGCUCUCACAAGCGUUGCAGAUUCUCCUAAAAGAGACACAGGUCACAACCUUAGAACACCAACUGCAGACAGUGAAAAACAUGCCACUUCUAAAAAGAGUCCUGAUGCCUCCACCACAGUCAGGUCAAGCAGGCAGGGUUCAAACAAAGAGGGAGAGUUCAGAAAGCGUAUGAUAAUGUUAAGAAGGCAAGUGGAUAGAAAACGGCAACAAAUGAUCAGAAACAAGAAGAAGAAACAAAUUAAAAAAACAUUGAAGGAUAAAGUUGAUGAGCUUCAUCAAAAGAGAUUAUCUGGGUCCGGCGGAGAUGCUGAUUCUACCCCAUUAGAAUAUAUGUCAGUUACAGAGAAACUUCGACGGCUGCAGGAGAAAAUGAACAGUGACUCACCAGACAUGCAGCUGUUACAACUACAUGAAAAUAAACCAGCACGUGUGUCCAGCAAGAAGACAGCAAGAAAAUCCACAAACUCUACUCCCAGUAGAAGACAAAAAGUAACAACACAACCUGAAGGUACUGUGAAAGGUGUUUCUUUUACAGGUAAUUUGAUUUCGCAAAAAAUGCUUCGUCUUUCAUUAGCUGAAAAACUGCAAAAACUCCUUGAGAAGAAUGACGGCUCUGCAAUGCCUUUUACAAUGGAGGCGGCACAAAUUGAAAAUGAAACAGUGGCCAGUACAAAUAACCAAGCUGUUGAAGUCACUGGACCAACGUCAACUCUAGCAGUUGACACAGACAGUAAGACUACACCAGCUGUAAACAGCCUUGCAUCUCCAACCUCAGCAAGCAAUGUCCAGUCGAGCAGGUCACCACAGGGCAGCAAACCAGGAAGCAGUGCCUUGUUACAGCAGCUUCAAGGGGAGGGACAAACAGAAGGCAGCACUGACCCCAACCUGCAGAACUUCCCUGUACAGAAAGUGGAAUCUGAGCUCAAAUCUCUGGCCAAAUAUUUAGUCACUACGGGCAAGGCAGCCUCUCUAGAUGGGAAGAAAGUCUUCCUUCUCAAGAUUGGCAACCAGUGUGUUCUUGUUAAAGCUCCAAAUAUUUCAUCCCUAUUAGAUGGGCAGAAUGCAGUAACUAAAGCAGUUAACACUCCAGGUUUACUUGCCAGAGGUAACGACCCAAGUAUGGCACAAAAGGCUUUUAGGGUGACCCUAACUGACGGGGUCAUAUCCAAAAUCUCAUCCAUACCUGGGAGUGAGAUGAAUCCUGUUACUCCCUCCACAAGCCCAGGUGUCUCAAUACUGCCCAAACCGCCUCAAAUUUUUUCAGUGGUCCCGUCAAACUGGGUCCCCAUUUUGCCCAAGCCUAAACAGGAUGCGCUGCCGGUGAAGGAUACAGUGGUCAAACAGGUCCUGCCCCAGUCUAGACGUAGUGUAUCACUGCUAGCCCACAACAAGAGGAAGAAGGAAAUCAAGACUGGCGCACCAGAUGCUUCUUCGCCUACAACCUCACCUGCACAGUGUAGCAUGGAAAAAACACCACCCAGCACACAUACCAGCCCCACCCCCAGCACACUGACCAGCCCAUCUCCGUUACACAAAAGCUCAAGCUUGCAACCCAAUAUCCAAAUGUUACAACAUAGCAAUUCACCCCUUUUAAAAAGCAGCUUGCUACAAAACAGCACAUUUUCACCACAAAACAGCACUGCAUCACCACAAAGCAGCACCGCUUCACCACAAAACAGCACUAUUCUCCAGCCGCAGAACAAAAGAAAACCAACCUUAACACCAGAGGCAUUAAAAGCAAAGAGAGCCAGACUGGAAGCCAAGUACCCGCUCCCCCCUGGUGUUGUGAUCAAAUCUGAGCCUGACGACUCUGAGUACAUCAUAGAUGCCAACUGGCUGGUCACCUCAGAGAUAUCCACAUCAUGUCCUCAACCAUCUUACCAAGAGUCAUCUGACAUUUUUGUUGACGAAGAGAAUUCUGAUGAAUUCAGUUCUUCAUCAAACCGCACCCAAACACAAAUAAAAGCAGAAGAUAUUCAAGACAGUGCGAUGGACACAGCACCUGUGGAUGACACAAUGGACACAACACCUGUGGAUAAUGUGAUGGACACAACACCUGUGGAUAAUGUGAUGGACACAACGCCUGUGGAUAAUGCGAUGGACACAACACCUGUGGAUAAUGCGAUGGACACAACACCCAUGGAUGAAGUAUCUGAUGAUCCCCCGCCUCUAGUCGAUGAAUACACUACCACAGUAACUGACCCCCAGCAAGUUACCAAUAAUGACAGCAACAAUUAUGACGAAUUACCUCCCAUGCUACAACCCAUGUUCAACGCACCUGACGAAUCACCCACAGAAGAUAAAGACACAGAACACCAAGUUAAAAGAUCCUCAAGAGCAAGAGCUUGUCGAAACAAAAAACCAAGCCAGGCUAGUGAUGUAUCUGAUGGUGAGUUGGUGACACCUGCGUCAUCCAGUACCAGCCUGGUCAGUGCCACCAGCGCGGACAGUGGCUGCCCUACAGACCUGGCCUCCCCCUCUACUUCCAGCACUUCAGUGGCCACCGAGAGGAUGGCCAUCCCUGUCUAUAAAAACAGUAAAAUUGAACGCCUGAAGCAGCUUUUGAAAAAGAAAGAGAUGGAAAUAGAGAACAUAAAGAAACUGAGAUCAGAGACCCCUGCGUUGGAUCUCAACAAUGUUUAGCUGGUUGUUGUGACUUGUCUAUCUUCGUUAAACCAUCUAAAUAAGUCCUCAUAAGUGUAAUAGUUCUAAUGUUCUCUGUUUUAAGAGGAUUUAUACUUUCUAAACCAGCAAUAGAAAAAUAAAAUGACUGGCUUUGAAUACACCACCUCAUGUACAGAAUAAUCUUUUAUAUUAUUUUAUCCUAACAAUUCUACUGUUAAAUACACCAUUUGCUCAGCUUCAACUUGCAGUACAUACACAUUAUGUUGAUGUAACUCCCAUUUUAAAAAAAAAUUUCUACUUUGUUUUAACUAGAAAUUUGAAGAAAUCAAAAGCAAUGGCCAUGUUUACUAUGUUUAUAAAAUACUAUGACUCGAAAGAAUUUUUGUACAUUUAAAAAGUUUUUUGUUGCUGUAAUAUUCUUUUAACUAUUGAAUUGUGCAUUUAUUUUCAUUGUUAUACCUCAUUCAUGUAAAUAAUUUUUUU